UAAAUCCACAUAGCGAUGAACUGUAUUUAAACCUCGAAAAAGGAUGCGUAAUACUUGGCACCGGAAAGCGGAAGCGAUAACUUGAAAUUAACUUUAAGUUAUUCCUGAAAUGUAUGAGAUAAAAGAUAAAGAACGGCAACUUUUGAGGACAUUUAAUUCAAUCUGUCUUGGUAUGAAAAGCACUUAUUUGGGAGACGACAAAAUUUAGUUAUCGUGAUAUACGAUUGAAAGACAUACGAUCAACUUUAGUUUUUGAUGAUGAAUACCAAGUUGUUUGUUUUAUUGAAAGUUAUGAUAUUUUAUCAAAUAAGCUUCGGAAAAAAUCCAGAAAUGGAAAAUAGUCGUACUCAAAGACAUCAGCAUGAAUUAAGUGAAUGUGAGAACAUAAAAGAAGAAGUAUGUUCCCUGUGCUUGCAGAUACCCGGAUGUUCAUGGUGCACUUUGGAGGAUUAUGAACAUGCUCGCUGUGACAGAGAGGAAAAUCAUAUUAACAACGGUUGCCCAGGAAACACAGUUAAUCCUAAGCAAAAUGUUACAGUGGAUGAGGGAAGUCUUGUUCCCGAGGGUCAAAUAUUUCCAAAGAAAGUCUCAUUAACCGCCAGAGUUGGUGAACCAGUAACAUUCACAGUGAAUGUACGCCCAGUAAAAAACUAUCCGGUAGACCUAUACUUUCUCAUGGACCUAUCCAAAACAAUGCAAGAUGAUCUUAGUAACUUGAAAUCAUUGGCAGGAAAUAUUUCUAUAAAACUGAAAGAACUAACGAACAAACGAAGACUGGCUUUUGGUUCAUUUGUAGACAAGACAGUUCCACCGUUCGUAAAGCAGGAGUUAAUAAAUAAAAGUCAUAAUCCAAACGAGGAGCCUUCAUAUAACUUCAGACACGUAUUGGAUUUCACAGAAAAGGACAAAUUAUUCAAGGAAACGAUAAACAAACAAACAAAUUCAAGAAGCAGAGACAUUCCAGAAGCUACACUCGAUGCGCUUAUGCAAGUAGCAGCUUGUGAAAAAGAACUUGGAUGGAACCCGGUAAACACAACGCGUCGUAUUGUUUUAAUAGCAACAGAUGCACCUUUUCAUACAGCUGGGGAAGGAAGGUUUGGUGGGAUUGCCGCUCCGAAUGAUGCAAAAUGUCAUCUCACAGAACGAGUAAACGGAGUGAGAAAAUAUUCUGGUUUAGAGCAGGAUUACCCAACAGUGAAUCAAGUUUUUCAAAAACUACGCGAAUCCAAGAUUCAGCCAAUAUUUGCCGUCUCGAAAUAUGAAAGAAAAACGUUCGAGCAAUUGGCGAAGACGUGGGAGGACCUGGGUUCAACUUACGAGGAAUUAAGCGCAGACUCAAAUAAUAUCAUCGAACUUAUUGAAAGAAGCUACGAGGAAAUUGUAUCAACCGUCCGGGUGACUUCACAACCUCCAGAAGACUUUGAUGUAAAGAUAAACUCAGAUUGUGGAGAUAACAUCAUGAUCGGAAACAACAUAUGCCAAGGCGUUGGUCUCGAUGAAACUGUAUCAUUUAAUAUCAGUGUAACAGCAAAAUCGUGCAAAUCAAAUAGUUCCAGUUUCAAAGUUUUCGCAGCUGCAUUUGGAGAGGUGGAAAUCAAUAUCAAUACUAUAUGCAGUUGUGAUUGCGAUAAUGAGAAGGAAUACAGAUCUACAAAUUGUUCGCAAAAUGGUGAUUUAUCUUGUGGAGGAUGUACCUGUAGUAGUGGAUGGUAUGGCAAGAAAUGUGAAUGCGAAUCAAGUCGAAAUAAUCCAAGUGUAAUAAAUAGAUGCAGAAGAACAAAUACCAGCAUUACUGUGUGCGAGGGAAAUGGCGACUGUGUUUGUAAUGAAUGUAAAUGUCGCUUGAUAGAGAAUACUGAUCAGAGUUAUUAUGGUAAAUAUUGUCAAUGCAGUGACCUAAAUUGUGACAAGUACGAAGGCAAGCCUUGUGGAGGUGAGGAAAGGGGUGUGUGUAAAUGUGGAACAUGCGAGUGCAAGGAGGGGCAUCUAGGAUCAAAUUGUGGUACAACCGAUUGUUCCAUACAUAACGCACGCUGUCUUGAUACUAAUGGGGUUAACUGCAGUGGCCAUGGAAUGUGUAUAUGUGGAAAGUGUCGAUGUGAUUCAUUUUAUGAAGGUGAUGUCUGCGAAAGUUGCCCGACAUGCAUCAAUAAAUGCGACGAUUUCAAACAGUGUGUUUUAUGUAAAGUAUUCGCCAAAAAUACUCCAAAUUCGUCCUUUUGUGCUGGUUGUCCAAAAGUAGAAAUUCUGGAGUCUCUUGAUGAACUAAGGAAGAUGGAUUAUCCAGUAACCUGUGAGAAUGAAGAUGAAAAUGAGUGUAAAUACUAUUUCACGUACGGCAAAAAACGGCACGAGAGUACCAUAACUGUAUACGCUGUUGCAAAAAAAGACUGUCCUCAAGAUCCGGAUCUACUAGUGAUCAUCCUCGGUGUUGUUGGUGGUAUUGUUGGUAUCGGUAUAAUUCUUUUAAUUCUUUGGAAACUUCUUACUGCAAUGGUGGAUCGCAAUGAAUAUCAAAAAUUUAAACGAGAACGAGCCAGGUCUAAGUGGCACAGGGAAAAGAAUCCACUUUAUCAGUCCCCAACACACACUGUGUAUAAUCCAAUAUACACCGGAACGAGGCAAAAAAGAUUUUCGUGGUUGAGGGGAUAACUUUUCUAGACACAUUCGACAUAGAAACCCCACCAUUACAAAAACACCGAGGCGAGCCCUUCAUCAUGUCUGAUCAUGUUGUCAUAAAAACUAUGCUUUUGACCUGCCGAUGCGAGUUCGCGUAUAGUAUACUUUUUGUCGCCGUUAUAUACGAGGAAACAAAGUUGUCUUUGAGGCUCACUGCGCCGACAUUAAGAUCGAGGGAUUCAGAAGAAAAGACGCGAUUCUAAAACAAUAGUAGCUACAUUUUUUGUAGAAAUUAUCUGUAUUCCUCGUCUUUGUAACUGUAUUAUAGUACCAAGUUUAUGAAUAAUGCAUCUUGUAAAAAUGCUGCGCAAUAUUUAUUCUAUUAUGCAAAAUUAUUAUUCUUGUAAAAAUUAUUUUUGUAAUUGAAUAAAAACCCA